GAUCAAACAACAAAAAAGUAAAAAGCGUGACAAAAGAAAGUUUCUCGUUAACCGAAAAGUGUUGACACGAGGAAAGGAAUAUCGAAGGAGCAGAACAAGCAGGUGCGCAAAAUCACAUUACAGUUGCAGAUAGGCACAUCAUCUAGGACAACCCUUUUUUAUUUCUUUAGGAGAAGAGUUAUAUUUGGUUUGACUGUAGAGAUUUUCUGCAAUGGCUGGGAGAUCUCAAGUUCCAUCUAACAAUUCUGCAAUCAUUGCAAUGAUUGCUGAUGAGGAUACGGUGACAGGGUUUUUAUUGGCUGGAGUUGGCAAUGUAGAUCUUCGGAGAAAGACAAAUUACUUAAUAGUUGAUUCAAAGACCACAGUUAAAGCCAUUGAAGAAACUUUUAAGGAAUUUACAUCAAAAGAAGAUAUUGCCAUUGUGCUAAUCAGUCAAUAUGUUGCAAACAUGAUUCGUUUUCUUGUAGAUAGCUACAACAAACCAGUGCCGGCUAUUCUGGAAAUUCCAUCAAAAGAUCAUCCUUAUGAUCCCACCCAUGACUCAGUUUUGUCACGAGUAAAGUACUUAUUCUCCAGUGAUUCAUCAUCAUCUGACAGGCGAUGAACCCUGUUUUAUAUUGGUCUGCCCCGUUUUGACAGAUACAUUUUUUCAUGGGGUAUGCUUAUUUUAUAUUGUUAGAGCAAUAUCCUCAAGCACACAGUUGUCUUUUCUGUAACCUCUUCAAUAUAUUUUUGAGAAUAACUGAUCAGUGUGUAGAUAAUUUAUAAUAGAUGGUAACUCCUGGAUAAGUUGCAGGCAAUUAGAUAUGGUGGCAUGUCCACUAGAUUGGGUUUAAUUCCAAAAUUAUAAUCUUAUUCUCUGCUGUGCCCUUCCGCCCA